UAGUUUGUCUACUAAUCUCAAACUAAUUAGAGUGUUUUAACGGAUAAUUAUCAACAUUUCAGCAUAGGAAAAGAAUUUUUUCCCCUCUCAAGGAAUAAAGGUAAAAAGAAAAUACAAGGAGGAACCACCUCUGUAGGAUUCUUUUCGUAUGUGGGUGCAUGGUGCCAAGAGAUGAAAUGGGAAAAUAUAAAACUUUUGCAGGAGCUACGUUUCAGGAAGGAAACCAACUUUUUUUUUCUUAUCAAAAGAUGAAGUGGCUUAUUCUAAAAAUUCCCCAAAAGCUACAUUUUCCUUCUUUGAUUCUCUCAAACCUUUGUAAAAUCUAACUCAUUCUUCCAUUUUGUUACAACCCCACCUCCGUUUUAUCAGAAAAUAAUACUUAUUGAUUCCUUCCAAGGAUCACCUUUCUUUACUUUACACUGUCCCCAUUUAUUCAAAAGUAGUAGCUUCUAGGCCUGUUGAAACCAGAAAAACACCUCCAGGCUUUAGCAAGGGAGAUGGGCAGUGUUGCUUCUAGACUAGAGGAACAAGAAGAAGUUGUGUCAAUCUGUAGAGAAAGAAAACGCCUUAUAAAGCUAGCAGAGAUAGAAGAUAUGCACCUGCAGAAGCACAUUGUAGGUACUGUCAAGCUCUUUAUGCAGUGGCAGCUGCUAUUAAGCUCUUUGUAGCUCGCCAUUCUUCACCUUCUUCACCUUUCCUCCACCUACACCGCCAGCUACAGAUCAAAAUGUGAUAACCAACACAAUGUUCCUCCAACAAACACCUUCAGAGUCAACCCAUGAAGCCAUUGCUUGCGAGUCUUGUUAUUCUUCAACAAGCUCAGGUACUUCAGAGGAAGACACUAAAGAAGAGGUGGUAAAGAGGAGAAGAAGAAGAACAACCUUGUGGGUACUUUUAUAUGCAAAUGCCACCGCCAAUGCCAUCACCACAAAGAGAUUUCGGUUGGGACUUUUUUAAUCCAUUUGAUGUUGUUAGACCAGAGAUUAUAAGUGGGUAUAACAGGUGUUCUGAUGAUGAUUUAAGAGCGGUGAGAGAAGAGGAAGGGAUACCAGAUCUAGAAGAGGUAGGAGAUAGCAAAGAGGAAGAGAAAAAAGUUGUCUUUGUUGAAGAAAAAGAUACUAGCUGCAGGGAGCAUGAAGAGAGUGAAAGUGGUCUGAUUAAAGUUAAGGAGGAGACUCAUGUGAGCCAAGGAGAGCAGAAGGGGCUUACAGUUAUUGACAGCCCAGAAAAGGAAAGGGAGCUUUUAGAAGCCGUGAAGGAUAUUGAGGAUCAUUUCAUUAGGGCUUAUGAUUCUGGGAAGGAUGUCUCAAGAAUGCUAGAGGCUAAUAUGGUUCAUUUGCAAUCUGGUUUGGAGGAAAUCAAUCGAGAACUCAACUAAACUCAUCCAGGCUAU